AUGGCCGACUUCUCUCGAUUGCCCCCCCGAGGCAACACCUCCCCAGCGCCGCCGCCUCCCCCACCUCCAGCUCCCGUGCAACAAAGUCACAAGUAUUCGAACCGCGCGGCCAGUGCUUUGGCAAGAUUUGCCCAGCCUUUUUUCUCCGGGUCUCGACCUCCCAGUCCGCAUACGCAAAGUGGUCGUGCAGAUCUAUCUGCUGGUCCCCGUUCCACUAGGUCCAAGUCCUUACCUGGUGCUUCUCAGACGAUCUCUCAUAAGACUGGGAUUCCUAUAGCUGCGCUAGAUAUAUCUCCCCAGCGGACACAUGCAGUUAUCGGCGGCAAAGAGAUUUUGAAAACGAUCCGUGUCUCGCCGGAUCAUUCGUCCGAGGAAUUCAAUCUUCGCAGUGCAAUUAUUAGCUAUUCUUCUACUCAUCAUGUUGGGAGUGGGCUUUCCGCUCGGCACAAAGACCAGCUGACGGUUAGAGAUGUGAAGUGGUCACAUGGUGAGCAUGACCAAAUCAUCGCCACCGCGGUGGCCAAUGGCCGCAUUGUUGUCUACGAUCUGUAUCGGACUGGCUUAGAAUGCUGCCGGUUUCAGGGCCAUAGCCGUCAAGUUCACCGCCUAGCCUUCAAUCCAUACCAUUCAUCGUGGCUGUUGUCUGGAAGCCAGGACUCUUCGAUCCGCAUGUGGGAUUUGCGGACAGCAUCGGCAGAACGGGGCGUCUUAGUAUGUGGAAGUACGGAAUUAUUCAACGGUAACAGUGAUGCUAUCCGUGAUAUCAGAUGGUCACCGACCGACAGAGUACUGUUUGCAACAGCCACAGACAGUGGAGCUAUACAACUGUGGGAUUGCCGCAAGACCAGUGCGCCGUUGAUGCGGAUUACUGCUCAUGAUCGCCCCUGUUAUUCGGUAGACUGGCAUCCUGAUGGAAAGCACCUUGUCAGUGGAGGCACAGACAGGCAAGUGAAGGUUUGGGAUUUCUCCAUUUCAGCAGAAAGAAGACAGAAGCCGGCCUUUCAGUUUCGCACCCCUCAGGCUGUUCUCAAUGUGCGCUGGCGGCCCCCAUCAUGGGCGAGGGAGCCGGAGGGAGCAGGUGAUUGGCAGUCGUCGCAGGUAGUGACAUCUUACGACAAGGAGGACCCCCGAAUUCAUCUCUGGGAUCUUCGCCGGCCCCACAUUCCCUUCCGCGAGUUUGAUCGUUAUGACGCUCACGCCACCGAUCUGCUUUGGCAUUCGAAGGAUCUGUUAUGGACGGUGGGUGAAGCCGGCGCUUUUACCCAGACAGAUGUUCGAUAUGCCCCUCAAGUGGUCAAUCAACGGUCAACCUGUGCUGUUGCUUGGAGCCCAAGUGGAGAAGUGCUCGCCUUUGUCCAGAAGCGUCCUCGACGAAGUGCUCUCGGACCCAGCACCGCUGAGGCUGUAGGCCCUCGACAGGACGAGAGCAGCAGUGGGGAAAUCUUGAGUCAGAGCCCUGUGGACGAUUUCCUUGAUGACGCCCAGCUCACCUCGACGCGGCAUCGAUACAGUAAGUCAAGUAGCAUUCGACCGUCUAAGUCCUUAGGCAGUACUCCCCCGAGUGCAUCGGAGCUUGUUCCUAUUCUCCCUCUAGAAAGGUUAUUGUCCCAGAUCAAAACCCCAGAAGUACGUCAGCUCGGGGUUGUUGGAGGGAUCCCGGGAGCCACACUGGAUCAGGAUACAUACCAGUAUCUAGCUUCGCACUAUCAUCCUCUGCUCGAUGAGCCUGACAUUCUUCCCAAGAGUUCUAUACAGUCUUUGCUUGAAUCACUUGGCCACAAUGCCCAGUGCUCCGAAGAUAUAUCUUUAUUCAAGCUUGCUCAGACCUGGCGGGUCAUCCAGUACGCGGUCAUCCAGGAGCUUGAACUUAGGGCGAAGCAGCAGCCCCCCUCGCUCGAUAAGGGACUUCGGGUCAUGAAGAAACGUCCGUCGAAAGAAGGGCCGGUCGCGGAAAAGCAGCGGACAAUGGAAGACGGUCGACAGGACAAAUUCAAGAACAAGCUGAUCAAGAGCGUCAUUGAGAGCGAUACAUCAAAGCAUCCUCUCACUGAUACGGAGGGUGCUUCGACUGUGACCACCCCGCUUGCGCAGCCCCUACCUGAUUCUCCACUCGGGUCUCUGGAUAGUUCAAUAUCCCACAUGACAUCCUUAAAUGAUACUACAGAUAUUCAACCUCUUCCUGCCUCAGUCUUGAGUCCCAAUAUCGGGACAAUGUCUUCAAACGAUUGGUCAUCGGUAUCGGACGUUGAUCCUCGGCCAAGCCGCGACUUCAAUGAGAGCCGAGAGCAGGUAAAUAAAGGCGCUCAUUUUGCGCCUGAAAGUUUACCACCUGAUUUCUUGCGCCCUUCUGUAGCCCAUGAUCUGGCAGAUGACCAGCGAUCUGCACCACGAGCCAUAACCGGCAGGACAGACUGGCAUACCAGAAAGCCUGCGGGUAUUCCAAAGGACGCUUCUGCAGUGGAUGAUUAUGAUUUGAAGUUGGAGGACAAAAGAGCGGCAAUUCGUGAUUACAGGCUUCAUCCAAAAAAAGUACUGACCUUGGAAUCUCGGAUGGAAUCUGCCAAGCCCCCAACGUUUCAUCGCCAAGAGUCAUCAGAAAGCUUCCCAAUGUUUUCCGCAUCAACAGAAAGUUCACAUCCUUCUAAGUACAUGGGCACCUCCCUUAAUUCUGCUGCAAGACUUCAUGAUGCAGCGGGGACCGUGAGCCGAGGCAAGCAGGUGGAUAUACCCAGUUCAAACAAUAACAGAACCAGGAGUAGAGGAGCAUCCAUCCUAAAUCCUGACAUCGCGCAUGAGACAGAAAUGCUCAGCAGCGAGUCGUUCGAGGAAGAGCCUCCAGGCUCUGAUACUAUUCAUCUUGACCGGCCGUCCAGCCCCCCUCCGCUCCUCAAAGAGAGCCAACCAUUGGAGUCUCGUACUUUCGAGGACAGGUCUCAAACAUGGCCCAUUGAGUGGGGUGCUCGGAGCACCUCUGGAGUGUUGAAACAAUUUUCGGACGUCAGCAUUCCAAUCAUUCCCGAUACAACCACUAACAAGCCCUGGAGUGUUGAGAUACUGUUCAAGGAGGCGAUCAGACACUAUCAUAGUGGCGCUGUUGUUGACAUCCAGUCUGCUGCUCACCUGCUCCUAAAGUUGCGCGCUCUUUUUCAGGAAUGCGACAAGAUCCUUCCCAGCGAAGAGACUGAAUUCAUUCUCAAAGCCUACAACGAACAAUUACUACGACAGUCAAUGUACAAGGAGGCGGCCGAGCUCCGGCUCCUCUGCGUGCCGUCUUACCCAGCAGUUUACGAAUAUGCCCAGGCGGACACAUACAUGAACGUGUUCUGUUUCUCAUGCAAACGGCCAUAUGAGAACCCAAAGAGUGACAAUGGGCGAUGCUAUCGUUGCAACACCCCACAGGAUCCGUGUGCUAUCUGUAUGAGUGUUGACCCUCCUCCAGAAUGGAUCGCAGAGCUAUCGAUGUCCUCGGAUCACCCCGAUCUUGGGUCAGGAUCACCAUAUACCUUGUCCGCUUCGCAUUCCUCCUUGGAAACAGAAUCUAUACCUCAAUACGAGUUACAGCAAAUGGACGCAAUGUUCUCCGAAAAUACUCAACCGCGUCGGCCCAGAGGAGCCACUCUCUGGAUGUGGUGUCAAGGCUGCGGCCACGGCGGACAUCUAGCUUGCAUCAGUACCUGGCUAAGUGAUGUAUCCAUCAGCGAGGGUGGCUGCGCGACCCCGGGGUGUAUGCAUGAUUGUGGGCCAGGGCCCCGCCGUGAACAUAACCGGUCUGUUCUGCUAGAGGAGUCCAAGAAACGAGAUUCCGCUGGUCGCAAAGCAGGUGCAGGCUUUGUCAAACGAGACACAUGGGCCAAAGGGGAAAGCAGGGCCGUGGAGAAGGUGCGUGGUAUGUUGGGGGUUGGUGCAUCAGCUGGAAGCACUUCGACCACGGCUACCACCAGCGCUGGGCCCAGUGGAGCCUCCUCUACCACGAUGUCUCCCAAAAAGGUGCGACUAGUGACACCUAGUGAACAAGGGAAGCCGCGGCGAAGUGGCCAUCGGACAAGCUUUGGUGGCAGCGGCAGUGGGCUGAGCAAUUGA